CCACACCAGAUGGGAAUAUUCACUGCCUUGGUAUUAUGGGACCCUCUACCCCCACUGUGCACAGUAUUUUCUUUGGAAGGGUUGGGUUUCUGGCAGAGCUCUCAGCAAGCUGUAUGGAAGUGAAGAGCCUCUUGUUAAAGUAUUUCACCACCAAAGGUCGCGCAUAAAAUGAAUAUCACGGACAUGGAUUCAACAUCCUCGCAUUCGAGCGAAGAUGAUUAUUGUGUUAGCCCCACGCAUGCAAAUAUGGACCACCGAGAUCUAUCCCAGGUUACGCUUUUAAUGGAGUCAACUUUGAUCCGCACUGCUCUCCGUACCGACAUCCAGCAAUUUGAGAAAUCCUUCGAGCAAAUUAUUGAGCAGGCUGGUGUGUUUUUGGCAACUACAGAAGAGCAUUUCAUAUCACUUUCGCUGGUCGUCAUGGAUGAAGAUGUACUGAUCCGCCAUCUCUGUGGAUUUCUUGCCUCGAAACUUGCCAUUGAAGGGUUUCUCUCUUUCCAUCAACAGACAAUACAGCGUACAUCAGGAGGAGAUGCUUCACUUGCGAAACAAGUGAAGGCUGCCACAGUGUUUGUGUUGGAGCUCAUUCAGACCUUGAUAUACCACAAAGAGGCGGCUGACUACCCAGGGAAACACCUGGGCAUGAUGUACGAUCGCGAUGUCAAGUAUUUUGGGGGCACUCUUUUCCACCUCAACCCCCAGGUCAAUCUUGACGAGGAACUUCCCGAGUUGGACGAUUACUACGAAGAUGUUGAUGAGCUCACCAACUACUACCAUGGCGAGAAGCUUUCACACCCCCUGAGACAGCUCCCUGGCAAUCCUUGGCAUAAGUUCUUCGGAAACUUCCCAGAAACCCGCGUUGAACAUGCCGCAGACACCGCUCUCUUCAGGGCGAAUCCGCGUCCUGGAGACCUCACUGUUUCCAUUCCUGGUACCAUUCUCUUUUUGAUACCAGAAUUCCGUCAAGAGCAUGAGAAAUUCAGGCAACUGAUGCUAGAACAUAGUCAGCUUCCGUUGCCCCUGUUGUUGGAGGAGGCGAGAAAGGAGAGGGUUCAAGUCAUUCAGCGCCGCCUGGCCAAUGUGCACCAUGGCAAUGUUGAAUAUGACAGCCUUGAACCUUUGUGUAGAGAGAAUACUGAUAUGAUACCCCGUCCUGAAUACACUCUCGAGGGAAACAGAACAUUUGGAAUGCAGAACCUCACCGUCAACUCACCCGACCUAAUCGGCGAUGCUCUUCCUGAAGGCCGGAUUGCAAAUGUGGCAUCUCAGUUGGAGGGGUUCCCCGCACGAUUUCUAUCCACUAAUAAGGAUAAGCGAAUGUAGAACUGGGACAGAUAUGAACAGAAUAUAGAGACGGGGUAAGGCUGCGGAGAUAUUUGAACAGGGAGAUAAUCCGGCAGCCCCUUGAUGCACUUCAACUCAGAAUGCAGAUGUAUUCGAGCAAUAUACAAUUCUGAUGCUG